AUGAAACGUGUAGUAAACUUGGAAAAUGCCAACGUUCCCAAAGAAGCUUUCGAAAUAUACAUCUACGGUGGACGAGAGUUAACUUUCUCGACCAAAACGUUUAAAGAAGUGCCCGCACUAACAUUCAUCUACCUAAAUGGAAUUCAAAGAGUGGUGAUGGAGAAAAAGUCGUUUUAUUAUAUUACGUCUUCUAGUCUACUAAUUCAAAUACAGAACUGUGAUGAACUAAUUAUUAAGACUGGUGCAUUUGAAUACUUGCAGAGUUCCGUUUCCAUUGAAGUCUUCAAUGUACAUUAUGUCAGCGUUGAACCAGCAGCAUUCAGCAAACUCGACAAUAGCACAUUCAAGAACGUCAAGUUGCUAAAAUUAUACGAGCGAUCUUUCGAUUUUAAAAACCAAAAAACUAUUGCUAGACACGGACCUGUUACAGUUAUAAUCUUCGAUAAUGUCGAAAUUCCGAAGAUACCUCGAGAAGUUUUUCUACAGUCUUUAGCAAGCGUAUCAUUCCAAAACUGUAAAAUUGGCGUCAUAUUGACGGAUGCUUUUAAAGCGACACAGAUAUCAUCAAUUGUAUUGAUUAAUUCCAGUAUCGAAAAUAUUCAAGCGGCGGCGUUCGCUGAAAGGUCUCUCAUUUGCGACUUCAAAAUCAGUAAAUGUAAUAUUUCUAGGAUACAAUCGAAGGCAGUUUUUGCAGCUUUUGGCAAUUUUUCUUUAAGCCAUUCCAUUGUUACAGAUAUAGAAUCCGGUGCCAUAAAUGCUACAAUUGCAAGGAGUGAAAUUAACCACAACCAAAUAUUCAACAUAUAUCCAGCAGGUAUUACCAUUCAUAGCUGGAACUCUGUCAGCAUGGACAAAAACAUUAUCAAGAAUCUACACCGAAAUUUUUUGAUAGCGUCACACGGAAACGAAAACGAAAAAUUAUCAUUUAGAGGAAACGAAGUUUAUGCUGUAGAAGAAGGAGCACUAUCUUUUUUAUCCAAUGUAGAUUCUUCUAUUUUAACAUUCGAUGACAAUUUUUUCAAUCAGUCAUGUGAUUGUUCCAUAGACAACUGGAUUGAAAAAGUUGCGUCUGUUAAUCAAAUACCUUUGAUUAAAGAUACGAGUUUUUGUACAGUUAAUGAGUUAUUAUCAAAAUGUUUUUCUUUACCAAUAGGUAUAAUCAAUAUUCAAAAUUUUACUGAAAAAGCUUGUAAAAAUUUAACGAUUUGUGAACCUUACGAAGGCAAAACUAGAGUAGUAGAUACAACCAGCAAAAUUUUUCUAGAAGAAGAUGAUUCAACCAAACAAAAUUGGUUGAUAUUCAUGAUAACAAUUAUAGGACUAUUUGUUUUAGCAAUACUUGUCACUUUUAUCAUUUUAAUUAUUAGGGGUAGCAGAUGGCUCAAAGAAAAAGGAUAUUUUAGAAAUGUACAUUAUAACAAUAACGAUCUAAGUAUAGAAGAAGAAGGUACAGUAGUAACAGUAGAUGAGAAUGAAAAAUUAGAAAUUCCAGAAGAACUAACGCUGGAAUUUCUUCAAGUGUUAGCGAAGAGACUGGACGAUCCAAACACUCACCAAGACGCUUCAGAAAUGAUCGAACGUCUCUACGAAAUGUUCAUAAUAGACGAUGGCUAUGAAAAUAAUAACCGACAAGAGGAAGAAGCACAUCUCUAUGAAGAACUAGGCAACUUAAACUUACAAAUUCCUCCUCCUCCUUACGAAGAAGAAAAGGAGUCAUCAUCUGGUGCACGAAGUAUCUUAAAAUUAAUGGAGGAAAAGUUUUCCCAGCAAGCAGAACCGAAUACAAAUGGGAAACCAUCCCUAGUUGGAGAGUAUUCUGAACCAACAGAUGCCGCUGUUCAUCUUUAUUCGGAACUGAAAAACAAAACUGAUAAAUAUGACAAUAGUAAAAAUAGUACAGAUUGCUUAAAGCCAAGUGAGACGUUAAAUAAUGUAAAAAAUGAUUGGUUGUCCCUACCCGGACCAUCUACUAAGUUGUAA